UAGCUGAAGCCAGUUACCAUGAGGGCAGCAACGUCUCAAGUCAAGCAGCUUAUCUUACUGUUCAUCGUUUGUGGGGCACUGGGCGGCAGCCACGCCUACGACGUGCCCAAGGUGACUGUCAAGGUGAACAGUCCAAAGGGUUUCGAGGUCUCUGUGCCAGACGAGCAGGGCAUUUCACUGUUCGCCUUCCAUGGCAAACUCAAUGCAGAAAUGGAAGAUCUGAGCGAUCAGACCUGGGCCACCGAUAUCGUCACUGCGCGCAAUGGACGCUGGACAUAUAUUAAUCGGCUGCAAAAGCUCCAGCCAGGCGAUAUACUCUACUACUGGGUUACUGUCCGAUACAAUGGCCUGGACUAUCAUGCAUAUAACCAGAGUUAUCAGAUUCAUAAUUGUUCUCCACUCACCAACGAUCGCAUCACGAUGACUACAUCAUUGCCAACCACAAUGGAGGCAAUAAAUCAAUAAUUGUUAAUUUAAAUGCAAUAAAACUGUGUUUACUUGUUCAAA